CGCAGAUCUGCGGUGCGGCUCGUGCGCACUGCAAACACUCGGCCAGGCGUGAUGAAGACGUGAAGCUCGAGUUUAAAUAGUGCAGCUGGACGCAGAGGUGGGCAGAGACACAUCAGAGACAGGGCAGCAUGGAUGGAAACGUGGAAGUGCUCGUGGGGAAAGAUCUCCAGCACAGGGUGUUUGUUAACAAGAGCGUGACUCUGGAGAAAAUAAAGUGCUAUGGCUUCGACAUGGACUACACUCUCGCUGUAUACAAAUCCCCUGAAUAUGAAGGACUGUGUUUUGAGAUGCUGAGAGACAGACUGGUGUCCAUCGGCUAUCCGCACGAGCUGCUGCGUUACACGUAUGACCCCACGUUCCCCACGCGAGGUUUGGUGUAUGACUCGACCUACGGGAAUCUGCUCAAAGUGGACUCGCAUGGAAACGUCCUGGUGUGCACACACGGCUUUGUUUACCUGCGAGGAGUGGAGAUUCAGGAGUACUACCCCAAUGGAUUCAUCCAGAGAGAUGACACAGAGCGAUUCUACAUCCUCAACACACUCUUUAACCUCUCAGAGACGUACCUGUACACGUGCCUCGUGGACUUCUUCACCAACACCUCCAGAUACCAGAACUGCCGUAAGGGAUUUAAGCACGGUGACCUGUUCAUGUCGUUCAAAAGCAUGUUUCAGGACGUGCGAGACGCCAUGAAUUACAUCCAUGACACGGGAUCCCUGAAGGAGAGAACGGUGCAGAAUCUGGAGAAAUACGUGAUCAGGGAUCCUCGAAUUUCUGUAUUGCUAACCCGCCUAAAGGAGGUUGCAAAAGUGUUCCUGGCCACCAACAGUGACUACAACUACACUGAGGCCAUCAUGAAGUAUUUGUUAGAUUUUCCACAUGGCUCAAAGUACCCAGAAAAGACAUGGCGGAUGUUUUUUGACCUGGUGGUGGUGGACACACGGAAGCCACUGUUUUUUGCCGGGGGGACGGUGCUGAGACAGGUGGACACGAACACGGGGAAGUUGAAGAUAGGAACCUACACAGGACACCUGCAGCACGACACUGUCUACUCUGGAGGUUCCUCAGAUAUCAUCUGUGACUUGCUGGAUGUGAAGGGGAAAGAGAUCCUAUACGUAGGAGAUCACAUAUUCGGAGACAUCCUGAAGUCUAAGAAGCGUCAGGGUUGGAAAACCUUCCUGGUGGUGCCUGAGCUGACCAAGGAGCUGCAGGUGUGGACGGACAAACAUGAGAUGUUUGAGGAGCUGAGGCAGCUGGAUAUUUACCUCGCCGAGCUUCAUAAGGAUUCAGACUUCGGAAAUGGAUCAGAUGUUAAUCUCAUCCAGAGUAAGAUUAAGACGGUGACGUACGGGAUGGAGCUGUGUUAUGGAAAGAUGGGAAGUAUGCUACGCAGCGGCUCCACAAAAACCCUGUUUGCCAGCCAGCUGCUGAGAUACGCAGAUCUCUACGCUGCGUCCUGCCUCAACCUGCUGCACUACCCACUCAGCUACCUGUUCAGAGCACCAUUUGUCCUGAUGCCCCAUGAGUCAGCUGUGGACCUUCACACCAAAGACCUGUCCGUCCCGGAUAUCUCCACCAUCCUCCGAAACACAUCCAUCAAGCGGCGGUGUCCGUGUGAUGGCGAUAACUGUGGGGUGGAGAACUGUGAACAGCCGGAGAACGCAGCCGUGACCGGCGAGACGUGAGCGGCGCCGUUUUGUACAUUUAACAUUUCACCGUUAAACCCACACAAUAAACUGCACUUUCCCACCUUAUAGGAAUACAAAAAUGCUACUCUUGCUAAUUAAGCCUGUCAGGAGUGAAUCUCUCAGCGGCUGUAUAUCUCUUAAUAACUCAUUAUUAAUGUUAAUGAUGAGCUGUCUUGUUAGAUGAACUGAUCCUUGGAGCUCUUUAGAUGAUUGUUGUGCGGUCAUUUUGUCUGCUUGAAUGUGAAGGUUUUAACCCUUUUAAUGAGCAUUUCAAAUGGCACAUGAUGGAAAGUUCCGGAUCGUUUCUCUAGAACAGUUCGGCCCAGAUUGACUUUUGUUUUAUGUCUCUCUUAAAAUAAAAAAAAAAAACAAUGUUUAGAAUGAUGUCUGAAAACUGAACGUCGCAAGGCACUGACACUGGAGACGCCGUCCAGAAAGUUCUAAGAAACUCCACCGUAUUAUUGUUACUAUGGAAACAACAAGGUGAAAUUACCCAACAACUUCUGACCAAUCAGAAAAUACACAACUGAAAAAGACCCACAACUUCAGACAUUUUCAGUUCUAACGAUAAAUAGAAUAGUGUAGCGUGACUAGAUCUGUCGUCCCUUGGUGUGCGUGUUGCCAUAGAAACCGUUAAGGAAAUACCGUCCUGUUACUAUUCUGACACGACGUUACCACAGUCCUCCUCUCUGUCGGCUGUCUCUUACGACGUACGUCGACGUAAAUGCUAAAAGAAAUUUGUCCGACGCGGGAAGGUGAAGACCUGAUUAGCUCAGAAGUGAAAUGGUUAAAGGUGUGAGAGCACGGGAUCGAGCUCUCGAGGGCUGCAGAGCACGAGCUAGCUAAAUAGUGAAGCUGAAGAUCUAGCAGUGUUAGCUAGCAUGUAGCUGUCAAAACCAGACAAAACACUCAAGAAUAUAAACAAUUCCCUUCAGUUCCUACAUAAUUAUCCAAAAAAGAUGAAAAAGCACACAAGUUCUGUAGUGAGAAUGGUCAGAAUUUUGCGUAUUUAGCUUGAGGUAAAGUGCCAAAUCUUUCUUUUCGAAAUGGACGUGUACUUGUUUGUUUUUAAAGUAACAAGACUUUUUUAUUGAGAUCAUCCUGAUCGAUCUUAGACAAAUUCUCUAUCGCAAUCAAAAAAAUUCCCAAUUCUAUCUAGUAAACUUCUUCCACGUUUUGCGGCAGCCAUCUCUAACCUGUCGUUCUUCGUAUCGAGGACGAGCAAGAGCUGCGCCACUUAAGUCACUCCUCUCAGGUUCCGAUUGUUAUUAGGUGACCGAGUGUGCAUUGUACGUCGCCUUCAUGAGCUUUUCAAGAGACGAACCUGCCACAGAUAAACACCGGGCUUAUAGGCUAACUCCAAGACACGUCUAUGAAGCGUUUCUGAAUGAGCAUCUGCUUAGAAUCGCAGAUUCUCGUCAAGUAUUUUAGCGUUAAAUAUGUAGAGCUAUUUUUAUAUGACUGAAAAAGAAAUCCUGUCAGAAAUCUAUCUAAAAAGAGUAUAUAUUGCUUUAAAUAUAUAAUAUAUAUCUAUAUAUAUAUACAUUCCACUCAUGGUUUUUAAGACACGCCCACUCGCAGCUGCUCUUAACUACAUAUAUAGCUUUAAAGACACGCCCACAUUCCAAAAGUUCUGCCUUUUAUGGUCUAUAAUUAGGAAAAACCUUCUUUCUUUCUUUCUAUUCCUGUACGAACACUUAUUAUUUUUAAUGUAGUUAUUUAAAGGCACAGUCUAAGCAAGAG